GGGGACGUUUAUAAUGUUUUCUGUAUUUUAAGAAAAACCAACAGUUCCACUUUUAUUGUGGGUGGUUUUGUCUUGUCCGUCUGUCGAGAGAAGAGCGCGUGUGUGUCUGUAUCUGGGCUCGAUUAUAGAAGCUGGCGGAGCGGGAACCGGAACCCGCCGCCGACGACGACGACGCUGCUGCGCCCAGCAUGGACUGGUAACACUGGUUUAUUCCUUCUCUCUGCUAACCCUCACCGACGACGACGCUGCGCCCAGCAUGGACUGGAGUCAGGAUGAGCUGCUGUCUCCGAUUAUUCGGGACACUGAGGUCACCAAGGCGGCUCGCAGGAGAAGCUCCAAGAAGGUGGCAUUCCCAUCACCUGGCAACAGCACUCCGGGUGUAGCCAUGGUUACGCCAGCCCGCCCCCUGCUGAGGAAUACUCCUGGAUCCCUGUUCAGACAGACUGUCAGGUCUGGCUUGCGAAAUCCAGAUGUUUCAGCUAUUUUUGGACCAGGAAUCAAAACUCCUCGAUUUUCUCACAGCAUGAAUUUAGAUGACAGUGAUUGGACCAACAGCUUGUACCCCUCUCCAAUGUCCAGAUUGGAUGACACCAGCUUUACUGAGGACGUCACCAACCUUAGCUCCGCCCUCCUGAAGGAGGAUGACCCUGGAGAGGCCGCGGCGGGCAGCCUCUUCUCAGAGUUCCUUGCUUCCUUCCAGAGAUACUCUUCUUCUGCAGUGUUUGAGUUGCUGGAGGACUACCAGGCUCUGUGCCAGGAUAAGGUGGAAACCUUACAGAGGCUGGUCAUGAGAACAGGACAGUACAGUAAGACAGCUGGAGUCAAAUGGCUUCUUCAGCAAGAGAACGCCACCUGGAGACUGAUAAGCUCUCUAUACAGGGAUCGGGUCCAGUCGGCACUAGAAGAUGAAAUGUUGCUGGACACGGUUCCAUGUGACAGUGAGAAGGUUGUGGUGGAUCAACUUUUUCAACGGGAUUGUGUCGUAAGACAGAGCCAGCUGGUAGUUGAUUGGUUGGAGAGCAUCGCCAAGGAUCAGAUCGGAGACUUUUCAGAUAACAUAGAAUACUAUGCCAAGAAUGUCUACUGGGAGAAUACACUCCAUGCUCUGAAGCUGAGGAGAACUGGAGGAGGCGUUGGCUUCAAUGUUCCUCUGGUGACUGAACUGGACCCAGAUGCCCCUAUACGUCAACAGCGCCCCCUAGCAGACCUGGAUAAACAGGAUGAUGCCAGGCUGCUGAAAAACCUUUUCAACCUAAUAAGAGCAGGAAUGAUAGACGAGGCACAGAGGUUAUGUAAGCGCUGUGGUCAGGCGUGGAGAGCUGCAACUCUGGAAGGCUGGAAGCUGUACCAUGACCCCAACAUGACCUCAGGUGGACUAGAGUUACAGUCAGUAGAAGGGAAUCCAAACAGAGGAAUCUGGAAGAUCUGCUGCUGGAGAAUGGCUGAGGAGGAGCAGUUGAACAGAUAUGAGAGAGCCAUCUAUGCUGGUCUCAGUGGUAACCUCAAACCGCUACUAGCAGUGUGCGAGUCCUGGGAAGACAGUGUGUGGGCCUACUUCAGGGUGAUGGUUGACACGCUGGUGGAACAGGAAGUGACGUCAUCAGGCAUGGCCCACCAGGAAGUUGAUUCACUGCCUCGAGAAUACCUGCAGUCAAAUUGGACUAUGGAAAAGGUGUUUGAGGAGCUUCAGGCAACAGAAUCAAAGAGAGUUUUGGAAGAGACCAAAGAGCACUACCACCUGAUCCAGAAAUUUGUCAUACUGGGAGACCUGGACGGCUUGCUAGAGGAGUUCAGUGAUUGGCUGACAGGCUCUAAGCCCCUCCCCUCUCACCUUUUGCGAUUUAUGACUCACCUGGUGCUGUUCUACCGCUGUCUGGGAAUGGCCCUCAAGGAGGAGGUGUGUGUGGACGUGUUGAAGGCCUACAUAUCUCUGCUGAUAGCAGAGGGACAGACGGAGCUGAUAGCGAGCUAUGUGGGUCAGCUGCCGAUGGAGCUGGCCACCGCCCAGUAUGCAGCAUACCUGGAGGGUGUGGGCCAGCCGGGCCUGCGGCCCAGAUGUCUGCAGCUGGCUGCUGAAGCUGGUCUGGAUGUUGCAGCAGUGACUAAGCUGGUUGUGGAGACAGUCAGAGAGAGAGGCAGUUCAGACUUCACACACCACGACCUGACCCUGGAGACAACCACCACACAGGAGGACCAGAAGAAGAUCGGUGUGAUUGAUUGGCUGUUAUUUGACCCCGCCCACAGAGCUGAGGCACUAAAGCAGUCCAAUGCCAUCAUGAGAAAAUUCCUGGCGCUACAGAAACAUGAUGCAGCAAAAGCAGUGUUCUCCAAAGUUCCAGAAGAUUCCAUGAGGGAGAUUUACCGUCAGUGGGAAGGGCUUAGCCAGGACACAGCCCUCCCUGCUGAGGAUGAGAAUGCGAUCAGGGAACAUCUGUGUAUCAGAGCGUACCUGGAAGCCCAUGAAGCCUUCAGUGAUUGGUUCAGCCACAGUAGCUCCACCCCUCAGAAGCCAACUCCCGCCCCCCAGGCUAAAUUCACUGAGAGAGUAGCCAAUGAGAUGAGAGAGCAAGAAUACCAGGCAGACUAUGACAUCUGGUUAGGGCGUUUGGAGGCUCUGACUGAAGAUGUGAAGGAGAGGAUCUACAACGUGCUGCUGUUUGUGGAUGGAGGUUGGAUGGUUGACAGCAGAGAGGAUGUGGUGGAGGACUCAGAGCGUAGCCACCAGAUGGCGCUGUUGCGCAGUCUGUGUUUGCCCCGAAUGACUUUCCUGUUGCUCAGUGUCCUGCAGACGUCCUCCAGACACCAGGAAACGCUGCGCCUGGCAGACAUCGUGGCCUCCGACCAACACCGACUCUAUGAGGUGUUCUCUAAGGAAGACUUGAAGAGAUUCCUUCAGAAGAUGAGAGAGUCGUCUAUGAAUCUGUUGGACAGGGGCCUCGACCCUCUGGGAUAUGACCUACAGCCCUGAACACCACGCACGCAGACACACACACACAGUCUUAUAAGCAGAAAAAGUCAAACACAGACACAUUCUGAUACCAAUUUGUCUUGUUUUUUGUUGUUUUUUCUGAAAUAAAAGUUUUUCUC